CCUGUAACAUUCUCAGCGUGUCACUACGCGUAUGGUUCUCUAAUCAUCUCAUUUGACUUGUAAAUGUUUAGGAUUCCUUGCCACACACACGCUCUUUUGACGGCUUAAUUUGCGUGUUAACUCUAUGAAGUGUGGAAACCCGGUGGCCACUGGAGGCUAAGCAGUGACUGCAGCUGUGAAGCCAGAUGAUCCGAGUAAACAGCUCCUGACAGGCUGCUGCUGAGGGUGUUUACACUGCCAUGCUCAAGCCUGGGUGACCUGAGGGACCCACUGAAAGCAGAUCUCCAGCUCCUUAUGGCUGUAUAUGAUGAGAACAUCCUGAAGAAUCCUUUCUACUUGGCUUUGGAGAAGCAGAGACCGGACCUCUGCAGCCGAGUGGCAGACAUCCACGGCAUUGUCCUUGUUCCCUGCUGUGGAAGUUUAACUGUUGGCAGCUACUCAGACUAUCAGUUUGACAACUAUGUCCUGCAGCCUGUGGAGGACAGAUACCAGACUGUGGAUGGAAAGGAGCUCAGAAUCCUGGACAGACAGGUCCUGCUGGGAUCCGGCUUCCCGGCUCCGGCAUCGGUGUCCAUCCUGUUUGAGGAAACCUUUUACAAUGACCAAGAGCAGAGCUACAGCAUCCUGUGCAUUUCCCGGCCUGUGGAGGUGGACACAAGCCCCAACGAGCUCAGCCCUCCGCCCCCCUACUGCCUGAAGAGUGUGGAUGACGUCAGGGAGUUCCUUGGCCGCCAUGCCCAGAAGCUGGACAAGUUCAUCCACGGCUUCUGUCAGGCCUUCAAGGAGCAGGAGAGGAAGGGACUCCGACACCACAUUGACUCAGUGAACGGACUCUACACUAAAUGUCUUCAGUGUCUACUGAGAGACUCUCGCCUGAAACUUCUGACGAAGCAGGAGCUUCAGAUGACUCUUCUCAAACAGGCUGUGGAGAUGUAUGUUCAUCAUGGUAUCCAUGAUUUAAUGUUUAACUUUGUGGGAACUCUCGAAGCCAGCCAGGAUGCUGCCUUCAACAAAACCACCAGGAGUCUGCAAGAGCUGCAGCAGAAAGAGCUGGGAGUCAAACCUGAGUUCAGUAUAAACCUGCCCCGGGCAAAGAGAGAGCUGAGUCAGCUCAACCAGCAUACCUCUCCACUCCUCAAACUGCUGUGCCUGCGCAGAGUCACUGUGACUGCUACCCAGACACCCAGACACACAGUCAGCAUUGAGGCCGUAAGUGCAGACGACCUUCUCUCUGUCAUCCUCUACCUGCUGGUGAAGACGGAAAUCCCCAACUGGAUGGCCAACCUGAGCUACAUCAGGAACUUCUGCUUCAGCCACUCCAGUAAAGAUGAGCUCAGCUACUGUCUAAGCACCUUUGAGGCUGCAGUGGAGUACAUCAACCUGGGGAAGUUGCAGGACACACACUCCAGUUCAGGUGAACUGAACGACAAGGCGCUGUUCAAAGAGAGGAUGAGGUCCUUGUCGCAAAGCACUGCCACACCCAUCCACUGUCUAUUUGAGCACAUAGCGAGUGGGAAUGAGGCUGAGGUCGAACGUCUGCUAAGUGAAGGAGAGAGCGAAGAGGACGUGAGGAUGUGUCACCCCCUCUGUUCCUGUGACCUCUGCGACCUCCAGCUGUCCGGGCGACUGAAUGAUCCGUCCAUCAUCACACCAUUUUCCAGAGAUGAUCGAGGUUACACUCCUCUGCACGCUGCUGCUAUCUGUGGUCAGGCUCAGCUAAUCGACCUGCUGGUGUUUAAAGGAGCGACGGUCAAUGCCACAGACUACCACGCCCUCACACCCCUGCACCUGGCCUGCCAACGGGGAUACCAGGGAGUCACGCUGCUACUGCUGCACUACAAGGCCAACACAGACGCUCAGGACAACAACGGCAAUACACCGCUGCACCUCGCCUGCAUGUAUGGACAUGAGGACUGUGUGAAGGCCUUGGUGUACUACGACGUCCAAACAUGCCGCCUGGAUCUGCAGAACGAGAAAGGUGACACGGCGCUGCACAUGGCGGCUCGAUGGGGCUACGAGGGAAUCAUCCAGGUGCUGCUGGAGAACGGAGCAAGUACCAACGUCCCUAACAAGAGCAAAGAUUCGCCACUGCAGUGUGCACUCAACACCAAGAUACUCACUUUGUUGCAGUUAAGUCAGAACUGCCAUCAUCACAGAGGCAGCCGAAUUGAUUCUCCCAGUCGCUCCCCUCUGGCCUCAGAUUGCAGCAGCCGUCGCUCCUCAGUCUCCAGCACCUCCUCUCUGGGUUCCGAGGCCAAACCGGAGGGAGAACGGGUCCGACACAGAGAGGUGGAGAAGUUGCUGCGUGCUGUGGCAGAUGGUGAUGUGGAGAUGGUGCGUUACCUGCUGGAGUGGAUGGAUGAGGAAGAGGAAGAUGAAGAAGAGCUCCUGUCUGAGGCUCUGCUCUGUCAUCCGCUUUGUCAGUGUCGAAACUGUGCCCCCACUCAGAAGCUGUCUGUUCUGCAGGCUGGAGCUCUCAGUGUUAACAGCUGUAACGCUGAAGGCUUCUCGCCACUCCAUGUUGCCGCCCUGCACGGCCAUUCGGCACUGGCUGCCCAACUGAUCCGCCACGGGGCCAACGUCAACGCCCGCACGAACCAGAACGCCAUGCCGCUUCACCUGGCCACUCAAAACAGCCACGUCCAGGUGGUGAGGUUCCUGCUUGAGUGCAAUGCAAAACUGAAUAAAAAGGAUCACUAUGGAAACACAUCUCUGAUACUUGCCUGUCUCUGUGGAAACCUGGAGAUAGUAACUAUCCUCUUACAGAGUAACGCCCUGGUGAACGUAGCAAACCUUCAGGGGAACACGGCUCUCCAUGAGGCGGUGCGGGGCGGAAACCAGGCACUGGUGGAGCUGCUGCUGAGGAGUGGAGCCUCAGCCGGCCUAAGAAACAAGAGGCAGAGGACGCCACUGGACUGCGCCUACGAACUGGGUGGAAAGAACACUGAGAUCCUGAGAGCUCUGCAGAAGGCGUCUGGACUUUCCCCUGAUGAUGAACCCAUCAAACUCCUCUCUGUGCCCAAAGGAGCUCUUGCUCAUUCAUUUGUGCAGCGUCUAAAGCUGCAGGAUCACUCUAGUGGCAGGAGACAGAAACUGGCUCAGUCCAUCAGCAGGAUGCAGCAGAUGAAGAAAGGUUCCUCUGGUUCUCCCCCCAGGUGUUCACCAACCCUGAACCAGAAGAAUCCAGACAGGAGAAAGUUGAGGCGAGGGGAGACAGUAGAGGGCAGUAGUCCAUCCGGAAGCUGCGACCCCGGGCCCCGGCGGGGAGAGCGGCCCCUGGGACGCUGUCACACCCUUGACUCUGGAGAAACUACAAUAAAGCGGCUGGUGUCUUUUCCAACUUGCAAUACAUCUGAAUGCACCCAGAAAGAGAACAAUCAGACCGAAGACACACACGCCCCCAGAACAGCUGAGGAAACUCUGUCAGUAGGUGUUCACACGUCCAGAGACACAGAUGAAGCUCACUCCACGGAUGUCUCGAGCUGUAGCACCGGUAGUGAGAUCUCCCCAUCUCCGCCAUCCAACACGUCAUCACAUGCCGAUUAUUUGUUUGAAGCCCCUCCCACACACAUCCUCGCUAACCUCUCUGCUUCACAUGAGUCAGAGGAGCCGUCUCACGCCAACAGCCAAAGCCUCCAGCCCAUGAGCGGAACAUUGGUGGAGCCGUGUGACGACCAGACUCAGUCUUGCAUCGACACAGAGCCCUUGACUUCAGAAGUCAAAGAUGGAAACUCUAAUCCCACCCACACCGCUGACCACCACCCCGCCAUCCAACAGUCAAAUGGAUUCAACUAAAAGCUGGUUGGAGCUAAAACUUUAUACAGUUUUACUUCACAGGAACCACACAAGAUAAAGAGUUCAAUCAUAUUUGAAAGAACCUAUGUGAUCACUUACUGUACCUGUAGUUGUAUUGCAGGUUAAAAAUUCUGCCUCCACUCCAUUACAAUAGAGAUGAAGGGAGUUAUAUAACUUUGUAGGACUAGAAUUGGUCUCUUCUUUUCAUUUAUUCAGUCCAAAAACAGCAUUGUAAUAAAAUAAUACAGUGCUGCAAUGAUGUGGGCGUAAGACAAUGAUCCAUGAGGUCCAGUUAAUCAGACACAACAGUGCACACAGGUUCAGAAUUGUAUGGUCAGGUUAUUCAAUGCCAUCACAGCAGCAAUAACGUUAUCCUGUCUCCACUGCAGCGCUUUCAACUGCAGAGUUACAACAUCAUACAUCAGGGUUUAGCAAGUGCACCUUCUGAAAUGUGUUGUAUUAAAAAAGAUCUUCACAGUAAGAUCUGGUCUUCUCCAGUGAAGUAACCACAAAACUGUGGCAGAUAGGGAUGUUGUUUCUAUCCACUUGCACUGUGCAGAGGUGGGGGCAGAAAUCUUAGAGACUGACUCAAAACUGGGAUGAACCAAAUACCUACCAGUUUCUGCAUGAAAGGUAAAGUGAAAAUAUAUUUUGUAAUUUGGGAUAACUGAUCCUUUAAAGUCACAAUGAAGUGUAAAAGGUGUGUAGUGGUUUCCGUUACACAUUUCUGACAGCACACAUAAAUCCACAGAUUCCCUUUCUGUCGUUGUUUUUAAACUCGAGAAAUUCUUGGAUUUGAAGGAACACAUUUCAGGAGUUAAUUUGUAUAUGUAUGAGUAGAUGCACUAAAAUGCAAUAAUCUUUUCCAUCCUAGCAAACAUCCUGUUGACUUACAUUUCUUAAUUGAGAAACAUCCACAACACAACUGAAUACAUAUAAACAUGUUUAGGACCUGGCGUUUUUCAAAUUGUUGUGUCCUGAUUGUCUUUAACAAUGCAAACACUGUGCUAAAUUUACUGGGCUGAAUGAUUCCCUUCAUUAAAUCGAGCCUCAACAUGAUUUUUCCAUAGCUAAUAUGGAUUUAUAAGAUUCUGCUAAAGUAUAAUUUCAUUGUGACUUGAGCAGUGAUACUAACAGAGCUGAGGAUUUCUCCCUCCCCCUCCCUCGUCCACCCUGAAGCAGCUUCUCUAACUCCCCCUCCUCUCCUGAGUUUGAAGCACUUACUUCUACGUCUUGGCUAAACAAAAAGAAAAAGGGAAGCAAACUGAUGAUGUUUUAGUUUGAUACUGUUUGAAUGUUGUUGCUUUAGCUUAAUGUAAAGCCAUUAGAGUGCAGCUCUAAUCUGAGCUUUGUUUUACUUGAAUGUUACACAUUAGAUAGAUUACAGGGUUGAAUUUGAUUUACAGUUUGAGUGGCUCUCUAUUUUUUUCACUCCCAUUUAACAUCGUAAUACUCCAUGUAGUGUUUCAUUAUUUGGAUACAUUUAAAUUUUAUUUAUGACUGUGUUGUUGGGAGGGUGUUGUGUGUUCAGAGAGGUUCGACUUCUCCUGAAUGUGAGAAUGUGUUUUCUUCCCAGACAUGGAUAAAGUUGAAGGAUCACACAUCUGGCUCUGCAUGCUUUUAUUCAUUCUCUACAAAUCAAUCACUGUAGAUGUUUUUCCAAAUCUUAUCGUCAGAUUUUCAGUUAAUUUCAGCCACUUGAGUUUGAUUCCUGAAACUUGCUGCCAAUUGUCAGAAGCAUGUGUAUUACUUUUUUAACUGUCACUGUAAUGCAGUGUGAAGUAAUUUACAGAUACAGUAUUUGCAGUAUAUGCAUAUGUCUUUUCACAUUUAACCUAUUGUAUAUUAUGUCAAUACAUAUAUGUGGUACAGUUUAGGUAGAAUAUGAAAAGAAUGCUCAACAAUAAUAAUAAUUAUAAUAAUAAUAGAUAUAGCUAUAUAUCACUUUUAAAACAUACGUUUUAAGUGGCUGGAACAAGAGGACCAACAGUCAUUUAAAUUCAGUGAAGCUGCACCACAAACUCUAAAUAUGCCUGAUUUGCUUCAUCAACAUUCAUGCAUUAUUCUCUUGGAAACUGGUGAGAAUGUUAAAUACAUCUCUUUGUCUGGAGCCACCCUAAAAGGUCCCUGGCCCAUUUCCCAUCCCUCCACCAAGUUUUGUGGAAAUCAGUUGUGUGGGUGUUGUGUAAUCCUGCUAAUUAACCAACAAGUUAGGCAAGAAACCAUCACCACCGCCUGCUCCUGACAACAAACAGAGUACACGUAGCACCUUUAACCACAAAAAUGUGUUGAUAUAAUCCUCAUUCAACGUGAUAAAUAGAAGCUGAGCCCCCUACUACUAUAUAUUGCCGGUUCAUGCAAGAAAAUGUCAUCCACAGGUAAAAAGAUUUUCAUCUACCAUUAUGAAUUUUUCUUAUCUGACUAUCAGAUAAACAAGACUGCAGAGGUUGUGAUGGGAAAACAUAACUGUCUGGGAAAACAAACUAAAAUCAUUAGUUGGUUGUUAGAACUUAGUAAAUUGGCAGCUUUGAUGUGUAUGUAUAGCAGCUUUAUCCACUUAAUAACUGCUCCUUCUACAUCAAAACUGUGGGUGUAUAUAAAGGUUUGAUUUAAGUUUUUAUGCACUUUUAAUUCGAUGAGAAAUAAAGUGACGGAUCUAUUAUGUUUAAGUACAAUUUUAGUAAAUAACUAGCAAAAGUUCAAGUUUACAUUUGUGAAUUGUUCAGUAAUGUACUCAAGUGUAACGUUUUAUAUUUGACUAGAAGUUUUGGCAUCAAGAUAUAAUACUGGUAAAAACAAACUCUUCUCUGUAUUUAUUCAGUAUUGAUGUUUUAACCCAUCUCAAGCCCGUUUCAAGUCACUGCAGCUCAGUUAUACAAUACAAUGGAAUGAAAUUAAAUGAAUAACUGCCCGUGAAGAGACGAAACUAACAACAGAUGGUAUGAGUUUUAACAGUAACCAGCGGUGAUGUGAAACAUAGAGGAGCCAAUAAAACAUGCACGACCAGCAGGUUGCUCCUAUAACAACUAUUCAAAACCAUUUCAAGAAAACUGUAUUACAAUAUAAAAAUGUACAGGGCAGUACUGUACAAUUGUCCCCUUCAGUGAGACUGGUCACAUUAAUGUAAACUUCUCACACCUCACUUACCUAACUAUAUGUAUUUGAUUGCAUACAGUUUGAAUCAAGGUGAUGCUCACUGCCCCAGUUCCCUCUGUGACUGUUCACCAGGUUGACACGGUGCUCUCCCUCUGUCUGUGUUUACCCUGUCACACACCGAAGCAUCUUUUUGUUUCAAAUUUCAAACCCAGCAAUGAGUCUUAAUCAUGAGUGAAUGUGCCUCAUUUAAUUCACUCCCAAAUAACCAAUAAUAAACCUGUGAUUUGAACUAUGAUUUACACUAA